UCAGGUAGAUGGAGCUGAGCCCUACACACAUCUAUAUAGGGGGGUCCUGCAGUCAUAGAGGGGUCAUAGAUUGUGGGGGUCUCUUAUUUGGAUCUGUUACAUUUCCGACCUGUCCGCUGUAUUGUACUGAAUUGUUACAGAUGACAAAUCAGGGAGAAGAUCUGACUGAUAUUAAAGUGGAGGAUGAAGAAGAGAAGAUGAUGGGCGAUCCCCCGUGUAAGAGUGAGGUGGAGGAGGACAUUCCAGGAGAUGUCACCACAGAAAAUCCCAUUAAGGAUUCAGAGGGAAACUUCAUAUUAUCCCUAAAUUAUAAAGAUGAAGAUGUAAUGCAGCUCUCUUCAGGGGAAAACCUUAAUGUACAUCCAGGACUUCACAGUGUAGAUCUAUUAUAUAAUCCCCCUAAUCAUGAGGAACCUACUCCUGACCAAUCACAGAUUGUUACCACAAUUACAGGUCAGAAAGGGGGUAAAAGUUUUCAAGGUGGUAAAGAGGUCACACACCGAGAAAUUCACACAAAGGAGAGGCCAUACUCCUGUUCAGAAUGUGGGAAGUGCUUUACGAAGAAAUAUCAUCUUGUUACACAUCAGAGAAGUCACACAGGAGAGAGGCCAUAUUCAUGUUCAGAAUGUGGGAAAUGUUUUACACAGAAAUCACAUGUUGUUAUACAUGAGAGAAUUCACACAGGGGAGAGGCCAUAUUCAUGUUCAGAAUGUGGGAAGUGCUUUACAGAUAAAUCAAGUCUUGUUACCCAUGAGAGAACUCACACAGGAGAGAAACCGUAUUUAUGUUCAGAAUGUGGGAAAUGUUUUACAUCUAAAUCUUCUCUUGUUACACAUCAGAGAUUUCACACAGAAAGAUUGUCAUAUCCAUGUCCAGAAUGUGGGAAGUGUUUUACACGGAAAUCAAAUCUUGUUAAACAUGGUGAAAUCCACAGGGGAGAGAAGCCAUAUUCAUGUUCAGAAUGUGGAAAACGUUUUGCACGGAAAUCAAAUCUUUUUACACAUGAGAAUACUCACACAGGAGCGAAGCCCUAUUCAUGUUUAGAAUGUGGGAAAAGUUUUGCAGAUCGAUCAAGUCUUGUUAGACAUGAGAGAAUUCACACAGGAGAGAAGCCAUAUUCAUGUUCAGAAUGUGGAAAGCUUUUUUCAGAUAAAUCAAGUCUUGUUAAGCAUAUGAGAUUUCACACAGGAGAGAAACCAUCCAAAGAGGAAAACCAUUGUUUUGGAUAUAAGAAAGAGAAGAAGAGCCUUGUUUACUUCCAGAGCAGUGAAGAUGAAUUGUCCCCAUGA